GGGAUAGGUUUUUAGGUCGGGUGCUAUUUUUUAGCCCUCCUGGAAGGUCAGGGUCGAUCUGGCUCGGGCGUGCCUGCCCCAGGGCCCCGCCCAUAUGGGGGCGGCGCGCCCACGGGAGGCCGACUGAGGCACGCCAUGCUCCGGCGCCCCCGCGGCCGCGGCGCCCGGGCCGCCGGGCUCCCGGCGGCCGCGGCGGCGGCAGCGUGGGCCGCCGGGCUCCGGGGCGCCGCGGGGGCGGCGCAGGGCGGAGGAGGGCUGUGCAACGUCUCCGGCGAGCUGGUGAGCAUCCCUUGCAGGUAUCCCCGCUGCCGCCACAGCAUGGACACUGGCAGGAACAGAACGGAGCGCGGCCUGGAGUACCACCGCUCGCUCAUAGACAGGUUCUUCAGCGAGUGGGACGACUACCAGGGUUUCCUCGGUCUCGAGACGGCCUUCCUGGUCCACGCGCUGUCGAUGAUACAGAGCGACAUGGGCCACUUCGGGGCGGUGGGCGAGAUCGGCGUGGCCGCGGGGAGCGCCGCGCGGCCCCCGUGUCGGGGCGACCACAAAGGGGGGGGGCAGGCACCAGUUUCGAGUCGGGCCUGUCCCUCUACAGGAUGAUGGGC